AUGCAAAACGACGAGUGCUUGGCGGAGUUUCGGGUCCAUAAACACGACCUUCCUAUUCUAGCGGAGGUUUUAGGAAUUCCUGACCAAUUUGUCUUGGAACAAAGAAGUGUUGUAGGAGGAAUGGAGGCACUAUGCAUGUUGCUGAAGAGGCUGACAUACCCGUGUCGAUACAGUGAUUUGUUGCACAGGUUCGGACAACGACCUGUAUCGGUAAUUUGCCUGGCUACAAACUGUGUUCUGGACUUCAUUUACGAAGCCCAUUGCCGAAGAAUUACCGACUGGAAUCUGGCCGUAUUGAAUCCACCUGCCCUGCAAACGUAUGCUGAUUGUAUACAUCAACAUGGAGCACCUCUAGACAACUGUUUUGGUUUUAUCGACGGGACAGUGCGUCCGAUAGCCAGGCCAGGAACAAACCAACGAAUCCUUUAUAAUGGCCACAAGCGGGUACACAGCUUAAAAUUCCAGGCUGUAGCCAUCCCAAAUGGUCUUAUCGCCCAUUUAUAUGGUCCAGUUGGUAAGAAUCUGAUGUAUGAUCUCGUAAAAAUAAAAAACAUUUGCUAGGAUUACUGUGAAAUUUUGCCAGUGAAGUGUCCCAUAUUUGAAGAAGAUUAAUGCAUAUAAAACAUAUCGGAAAAAAACAGGUCAGAAACAGAAAAAAGUUGUACAGUUUUACACUGAAGGAGGUUUACUAUGUUUGCCAUCCAUAUACAGGAAUUAGCAUUUCCCAGUCAGAAUGCUUGACCAUACCGAAGGCACUUUCCUUUUUUGCCUUUCAGAG